ACGCUCGAGUCCUGGUACGUGGUGGCCGUGCGAAGGUCGAGCAGCUGCGCUGCUGGUGGCGGCGACGGAGGCGCGGGCGGUAGCGGCGGCGAGGGCGGCGGUGGUGACGGCGAUGCGCUCGGCGGCGGUGACGGCGGCACGGACGGGGGCGGCGGCGAGGGCGACACGGACGGCGGCGGCGGAGAGGGCGACGCAGACGGCGGCGGCGGCGAGGGCGAGGCGGAGGGAGGCGGCGGCGAGGGCGAGGCGGAGGGCGGCGGAGGUGACGGCGGCACGGACGGUGGCGGCGGCGAAGGCGACACAGACGGCGGCGGCGGCGACGGCGAGGCGGAGGGGGGCGGAGGGGAGGGCGGCACGGACGGUGGCGGCGGCGAGGGCGACACGGACGGCGGCUGCGGCGAGGGCGGCACGGACGGCGGCGGCGGUAAGGGCGAGGCCGACGGCGGCGGCGGUGAGGGUGAGGCCGACGGUGGCGGCGGUGACGGCGGCACGGACGGGGGCGGCGGCGACGGCGAGGUGGAGGGCGGCGGCGGCGAGGGCGAGGCGGAAGGCGGCGGAGGGGAGGGCGGCACGGACGGUGGCGGCGGCGAGGGCGAGGUGGACGGCGGCGGCGGCGAGGGCGAGGCGGAGGGCGGCGGCGGCGACGGCGAGGCGGAGGGCGGCGGCGGCGACGGCGAGGCGGAGGGCGGCGGCGGCGAGGGCGACACGGACGGCGGCGGCGGAGAGGGCGAGGCCGACGGUGGCGGUGGUGACGGCGGCACGGACGGCGGCGGCGGCGAGGGCGACACGGACGGCGGCGGCGGUGAGGGCGAGGCCGACGGUGGCGGUGGUGACGGCGAGGCGGAGGGCGGCGGCGGCGACGGCGAGGCGGAGGGGGGCGGAGGCGAGGGCGAGGCCGACGGUGGCGGUGGUGACGGCGGCACGGACGGUGGCGGCGGCGAGGGCGACACGGACGGCGGCGGCGGAGAGGGCGAGGCCGACGGUGGCGGUGGUGACGGCGGCACGGACGGUGGCGGAGGCGACGGCAAGGCGGAGGGAGGCGGCGGCGAGGGCGAGUCGGAAGGCGGCGGCGGCGACGGCGAGGCCGACGGUGGCGGUGGUGACGGCGGCACGGACGGCGGCGGCGGCGAGGGCGACACGGACGGCGGCGGUGGUGACGGCGGCACGGACGGUGGCGGUGGUGACGGCGGCACGGACGGCGGCGGCGGCGACGGCGACACGGACGGCGGCGGCGGUGAGGGCGAGGCCGGCGGUGGCGGUGGUGACGGCGGCACGGACGGCGGCGGCGGCGACGGCGAGGCGGAGGGGGGCGGAGGCGAGGGCGAGGCCGACGGUGGCGGUGGUGACGGCGGCACGGACGGCGGCGGCGGCGAGGGCGACACGGACGGCGGCGGUGGUGACGGCGGCACGGACGGUGGCGGUGGUGACGGCGGCACGGACGGUGGCGGCGAGGGCGACACGGACGGCGGCGGCGGUGAGGGCGAGGCCGACGGUGGCGGUGGUGACGGCGGCACGGACGGGGGCGGCGGCGACGGCGAGGCGGAGGGGGGCGGAGGCGAGGGCGAGUCGGAAGGCGGCGGCGGCGAGGGCGGCACGUACGGUGGCGGCGGCGAGGGCGAGGUGGACGGCGGCGGCGGCGAGGGCGAGGCCGACGGCGGCGGCGGCCAGGGCGAGGCGGAGGGCGGCGGCGGCGACGGCGACACGGACGGCGGCGGCGGCGACGGCGAGGCGGACGGUUGCGGAGGGGAGGGCGGGGCGGACGGCGGCGGCGAGGGCGACACGGACGGCGGCGGCGGAGAGGGCGACGCCGACGGUGGCGGUG